AUGCUAAUAAAUUCACCCGAAGAAUUACAAAAAUUAGAGACAUUCGCGAAAGAAGGCGGUGUUGGAGUAGCAAUUGCCAAGAUCGAUACAGAAGCAGAGACUGAAGAUGAUUUAAUGUUCUUUAAGGAUGACAGGAUCAUCGUACUGAAGCGCAUCAAAGAUGAUCUGUUUCUGGGGUAUUGCGAAGGCGUGAUCGGUCUCUUUUCGGCAAAAAGCGUCAUAUUCACUAGCCCGGUCAGAACUACGGCCUUGCCACUUUCUAAAAAUAUUAAUAACCCAUCCGACAUCAGUGACUUGAACUCGGCUACUAUCCCAUCAGUUUUCGUCCCAUCAGCCAUAGAUAUAAAGAGCGACUUGCUUACAGCUAGUAACGCGAGAAUAAAGUCCCCUUCACCGCCCCUCCAUUCAUCGGUGACUACUACGCCAACACAAACUCCAACAGUCGUAUUGUCACAAUAUAUUACGCCGAACCAGUUAUCAGCAUCGUUAGCGUCGCCGGACUUUCUUCCGCCAAUAUCAACUUCCACCACCCCAGUACAUUCACCGACUAUACCAAUGUUUGAUGACGUCUAUAAGGGAGGAAUAAUGCCGUUAGGAUUUCCAGAACCACCGACUGCUCUUCCUAAAAUUACAACCGAUUUUAAUUCUAAUGGAGUAAUAGCGCAGGAACAGGGGCAAUACACAGUAGGGAAAAGUCCAGAGAAAAGAAAGCAGGACAACAAUAUAAUGCAAUUACCAACGCAACAGUCAAACAAUUCCAACCAAACACAAUCUCCAACACUCUCCCCAAACUCUCGGCAAGGUUCUCACCCAUCAUCCCCACAAAGAUCUCCCGUGGUUUAUCCCACAUCAGCAAUUUCUAGCUAUAAGAACCCAUCUCUGUCAAAAUCGCCGCAGGGCUUGGCACUAGAUACUGAGAAAGAACAGAUUGGGGGAGUGGAAAGACGGUAUGAGCAAGGUUAUAAUAAUAGAGACAGAGUGCAAAGAACGCCAAUGGGUGCCGAAAACGGGAUCGCGAAUAAUGUGGGUACGAAUGUUAGUAGCAAUAUUAUAGGAUACGCUAAUGGUCCAAAAAGGCAGAACACUGCGCCAUUACCAGGAAGUCCAGGGUCUCCGCCUUAUUCAACGGAACAACAACAAUACCAGGCAUCCCCUCCAACUUCACUUCAAAGCAGUCCAAUCUCACUUCAAAGCAGCCCAAUCUCAUCGCCAAUUUGGCGUCCACAAGGCGCUACUACCAUCAAGACCCAAGAUGUUCCUCGGGAUAUGAUUAAUGGAUAUGAGCCAGUGCUCAAUAACGGGCAACUACCGUAUGGCGGAGUUCGACCAUAUAAUUCUAAUCAACCCUUUACAAGUCCUCAUCCUGGUGUUCGUCCUGUCGAUAAUAAUUACUCCUCUACCCCUUAUUCUUCUCACUUGCUUCACAAUCAUCAACAACACCAAUCCGGUCCAUGGCGGAAGAACUCGGCUCCGCAGAUGCAGAGUUCUGGAACAAUCAUUCCACCAAGACGUUUAAAUUCUACACCUUCAACGCCGACGCCGACGCCGGGAGAUGAUUAUUAUUCUGUAGGAAAAUUUGAGAAUAAUAACAUGGGAUUCGACGACCGUAAAAAUCCCAUCGAUGGUGGAAUGAAAGAAGGAAUACAUCAAGAUAUAGUAGGGCAACAACAGCAAUUGUUAGGACCCAUCCAAGGACAAGGUUAUACGCCAAGGAGGCCCAAUAUCCCAAACUACUAUCAUACAAAUCCUGUUCCCCAGCAACAGUUUCAAAAACAAGCUCAAGUUCCAAAUCGACCUGCUCACGUACAACAGAUGCGCCCAUCUCAAGCAUCACAACUCCCACCAUCUCGUCCGCCCUACCUUCACAAAGAACAGAAUUUCCAACAGCAGCAAUACUUUCAGCAGCAGCAGCUACAACAGCAGCUACAACAACAGCAGCUACAGCAACAGCAGCUACAACAGCAGCUACAACAACAAGAACAACUAAAAUUGCAACAACAGCAGCUUCAGCAACAAGAACAACAAAAAUUGAAACAACAGCAGCUUCAGCAACAGCAGCUACAACAACAAGAACAACAAAAAUUGAAACAGCAGCAGCUUCAGCAACAGCUACAACAACAAGAACAACAAAAAUUGAAACAGCAGCAGCUUCAGCAACAGCAGCUACAACAACAAGAACAACAAAAAUUGCAACAACAGCAGCAGCUACAACAACAACAACAACUAUUGUUGCAACAAAAAAAAGAACUGCAGCAGCAAAAACAACAACUGCAACAACGAAUGCAGCAACAACAGGUACUGCAGCAGAAAAAACUACUGAUACAGCAGCAGAAACAACAACUACAACAGCAAAAACAACAAAUGCAACAACAAUAUCAACAACAACUGCCGCAGCUGCAAGAAAAUGAAGAUGAAGAACAAGAGAAAGAACAGCAAAAAGAAACAUCUUUGCCAACAACACAGUCCCAGGUGCAAGCCGAGCUGUCUUCAACUUCACCUCAGCCUCAGCCUCGACAGUCACCUACACCAAUUUCAUCUGAAGGUGAAGACGAUAUAGAAAGUUCUCUUAUCGCGUAUCGCAGCCGACCUAAUAGUAUCCAACCGACAACAUUAAGUAACAUGAAAAUACCACUUUUAAUUAUUGAUCACGUUGACGAUGACAACGAGAAAGAGGACGUCUUUAAUAGAAUAAUGAAAGAGAGAACGAAUGAGAAUAAGACCGACCAAGUUAUGCGAACAGAGGAGUCUGUUAGCAAAAAUGUUAUUCCCGAGAUUAAAAUUGAUUUAGAUAAUACUGGAAGUGAGUCAGAAGGUAGUAAUGGAAAAGUAGAUACUAAUAAUAUGGAGACGAAAAGGAGUGAUAUCAGCACUGGUGGUAAUAAUGAAGGAGGCAAGCGUGAUAACAAAAUCGCAGCUUCUAUUUCUCGUCCAGAGAGAAAAGACUCUAUGCCUGUACAGAAAAAUCAAAAUGUUGCAUCGAGUACGAAGCUUUCUGAUAGUGCUGAGAGUGGUUUAAGCAGAUCAAAUAGGUCAGGCAACCCGGAUAAUUCUAGAAGUGCGAAUGGUUCCGGCAAGACAAUUCAGAAGAAAGAAGAAGUUUUGACUGUGGACAAUUACGGAUUCGUUCAUGAUGUCUUAUUAGAGGACAUUCCCGAUGGAGUCGAUCCUAUUAAGAGAAUUAUUCAAGCACCGGGUUCUGAAGAUAAAGGCACGAAAAAUGUCAGGCAAUAUAGAGAAAGAGAAACGAAAUGGGUUGCAGUAUUGGGAAGUGUGGAUUCAGCAACUGCACGAGAUUCGAGAAGGAUUAAGAAGCUAGUUAGGCUUGGGAUUCCUGAAUCUGUCCGUGGUAAAGCGUGGCGAUUCAUGGCUAAUGCUGACAAAAAUAGAAAGUCUAAAGUUUAUGACGUUCUCCGCAAAAGAGACAGGCUUCCAAUAUAUGACGUAAUAGAAAGAGAUAUCCACCGCUGCUAUCCUGACCAUAUCCAAUUUCGCGAGGCUACAGGCUCCGGUCAGUCUGACCUUCACGAUGUCCUCAAAGCAUACGCUCACUACAAUCAAAAAGUUGGUUAUUGUCAAGGAAUGGGCAGGCUUGUCGGGAUGAUGCUUAUGCAGAUGCCCGCUGAGGAUACGUUUUGGUUGCUAGUCGUUACUAUCGAAGAGUAUAUGAAUGGGUAUUAUACGCCUGAUUUAAUGGAGCUGAAAGUUGAUUCUUUUGUUUUUGAUGUUCUUCUUGUCGAACACGACCCUAAAUUGGCUCAGCAUCUGAGCGAGAAUCGUGUUAUUCCAAUAAUGUAUAUAACACAAUGGUUUAUGACUCUCUUUACCAUGGCGCUUCCAUGGUCAUCAGUCUUACGUGUCUGGGAUAUAUUUUAUUUUGAAGGCGUGAAACUUUUUUUCCGAGUUGGCCUAGCAAUUUUGGACUGUACGAGAGAACACAUUCUUAAGAAAUGCCCCACUUCUUCAGAAAUCUUAACCUUCCUUCUGCAUAUUCCGCCCGAAAUGCUCACGCCAGAUAUUUUGCUCGAAGCGGCGUUUAAAAUAAGGCUUAAAAGGAGUACGAUCAGACGUCUUAAAAGGCGAGUGGCAAUUGAGCUUGAAUCUGGAGCGAUAUCUGUGGGCGAGAACAGCGUUGUU